AUGGCUGCGCCCUUCAAAGUAAUUAUUGCAGGUGGUGGUCUCGCCGGUUCACUGCUCGCAAACGGUCUUAUGAACCACGGCGUUAAUGUGGCCGUCUACGAACGUGACGCGGAAGAUGCCAAAAGAGAGGGAUUCCAGAUACGACUGGGCGACAGCGCCAUGACAGGUUUCAAUGCCUGUCUAGAACCGACAGAUAUUGCGGCCAUCAAAUCGCAAUUCAGUCAAAUGUCCUCGACAGGUCUUACGGCACCGACCUUGAUGAACACGAGGUUCCAGACUGUGCUUGACUUGGGCCAGCUUCCGUCUUACAGUGCAUCUUCCGCUAUCAAUCGCGUUGUACUUCGGGAUAUUUUGAUUGCCCCCUUGCAGGAGAGGGGCAUUAUCCAAUUCGGAAAAGCCUUUCAGGGAUAUGAAGUUCUCCAAGGCAACGAUGGUCAAGAAAGUGUGAGGGUUCAUUUUGCCGACGGCACUACUGAUACAUGCGAUAUUCUUGUUGGUGCAGACGGCAGCGGAUCAAGGAUCAACAAGCAAGUCGGAGCACGGAAUAUUGUGCCAAUUGACAGCCAUGCCAUGAUUCUCAGUAAAGGCCCUUUGCCCGAGGAUUGGCCGGAGAAGCUACCUGAGCGUCUGACCAAAAGUCCACUCAUGGUAUUUGCAGGUGGUGUUUCCAUGUUCUAUGCGUGUACGUCAAACCUGAUCAGAUAUAAUGCCACGGUGCAACAAGAUACACGGUGA